AUGACAGUUGAGCAUGCAAGAAAACUAAAGAGCGGUUUCGGUGGGCAAAUAAUAAUGAAAUAUUUGGAUGAUUCAUGCGAACGUGGAGAUAAAAGUAGUUGUAUUACGCUCAAUAUUGUUCAGCCCUUAUUUCCGAAGAAACUUGAAUUUGCUAAUAAUCGCUCAAUUGCUAUGGCAUCACAAAAAUCCGUAGGUUUUGUUCGUGUUUCGCGCUACUGGGAGCAAAUGACUAUGAAUCUUCGCGCUUUAAUCACCCUGGCAGGCCAAGCGAAAUUCGGAAAUAGAAAAGUCCAAGUACCAAGAGUAAAACAUUCUCAGUUUGGUAUAGGUGAUGGCUACCCUCUAGGAACCUAUUUCAAUAUGACUCAUUUUAAUCACGUACUCACUCUGGGCGAUUACGCAACUUUGGUCGGUGAGAAAGACUACGAAGCUGAAUGCUCAUUGGCUGACGCAAGUCACGUGGCCAUUUACUUUCUUUAUGAAGGUGACGAGGAAAAAACAAAACAGAUGUUACAGCUGAAUAAAAAACAGUAUGAUAACAUCAGCAAAAAAGCAGGGAAGGAUGGUUGGACCAAAUGCCCGACUCUUAGGAAAUACAUUAAAGAAAAUUUGAAGACGAAAUGUUUUUGCGUCAACGUUAGUAACUUCACUGAAUGGGACAGGUUGGAAAAUGAAGUCAUCAAAGGUGCAAAAUGUUUGACUCUCUCAAAUUGGCGUGGAAUAGGAAGAAGUUUCAGAACCCGUUUCUCUAAAAAACAUCUCAAAUUUCAUGCGAAAGACAUACAAUUUGCACUCAAACCAUCGGGAGCUAUUUUGAAGGAAGCGAACAGGUUUCGUCGUGUACUAUAUGGGCCUUAUAUUGCCGUGCACAUAAGAGCGGAAAAGGUUUUUUCGGCACACGGCCUUUCCCGACUAGUAGACUGCGUGCGCGUUUUAGCCGAGCUUGUGAAAGUGCUCAAAAUUGCAUCAGAUAUAACGCAAGUGCUGAUCGCUUCUGAUACGUCGAGCUUUGGCUCUUAUGCCUGGGAAGGACAACAGAAACAUCGGACUUUAAAGAAUCUUCACAGUUUUCUUGUAUCAAGUAUCGGUGGUAUCGAGUACAAACCAACCGCCGACGAUGUCGAUCGCGGCGUUGUUGCGUUGGUUGAAAUGACUCUUCUAGCGCGCGCGACGCAUUUAAUAACAGUUGGCAAGGGGUCUUUCCAAGAAUGGAUUGUCGCAAAAUUCCUAGAACAGCAUCGUGAAUAUGAUCAACCGCAAUGGUCGCUAAUCACAAUGUGUUCCGCUGAUUAA